CGCAAAACGAUCGCCCUUUUACAUUGAUGCGUUGAAGCCGAUUGAUGAGGUAAUGGUUAGAAGUACCAGGUCUUCCUAUGCCUGCGCUCGGUGUUACAGGCGGAAGAAAAAAUGUGAUCGUGGCUACCCGUCAUGUUCUCAAUGCACAAGCGCAAAGGCUCGGUGUAUAGGUUUGGAUCGAGGCUCCGAGGCAGAGCUUCCUCGAAGCCUCGUCUCUUACUUGGAAGAAGUGGUGGCUCAAUUGGAGCUGAAGCGUGAGAGCCUUCUAAAAGAUCGGGAGAAUUCCGGUGUCGCCAUCCCACAACGCGAGCAAGUCUACACCGCCAUCUCGCCUCUCACUCCUGCAGCUGCGUCGCCUGAAGAAGUAGCUGCUGCAUAUAGUUUUGCAGCCAUAACGGCAAAGAACAGCGCACCGGCUGCAUCCUUCGACACUGUUUCUCGAUAUCCACUGCCAUACUGUCGCGCAUUCUUCCUAAGUGCCGAGCUCCCCUUCCCUCUUGCGUUCCAGGAGCAACGCCAGAUGAACGUCCCAAGCAGUCAUGGAGGUGGACACCCCACUCAGCUUCCGGAAGAAGUUGCAGAAAAGCUAAUGGCCGUCUACAUCGGACAAAUCCUGCCCCAGUACCCUCUUUUCCUAAAGGAAGACAUAACCGACAUGUUCGAGCGGUUCAAAAUGUCUGGCGGUAGCCUUGAAACUGUGACAGCGGACGAGCAAUUCAUAAUAUCCAUGAUCAUGGCUAUAGCUGCACUCUCUUCCAGGGCCAGAGACUACCGAAAAUUGGUCUCGGUGGCUGAGUCAUUACGUCGAGAUGCUUUUACUCAUCUUGACUUCGGACUCAGCUCUAAUAAUGCCACAACCACCACCAUUCAGCAACUCUUGCUAUUUGCUCAAUACGGCUACCUGCUUCCAUCUUCCACGAACCUUUGGCAAGUCGUCGGCGACGCAGCGAGAAUAGCUUUAGAACUCGGUCUUCAUCAGGAAACUCCAGUAGCAAGUGGCAUAGACCAAGGAGCUGCCGAUUUUCGCAAACGACUCUAUUGGACACUGUAUUCCAUUGAGAGAUCAGUCGCUAUCACGUCUCAUCGACCAUUCGCAGUCGCCGGAGAUCAAGUUCACCUACCUUUUCCGGUUUUUCAAGACGACCCAAACUUUUCAAAUCAGAGUCCAGAUCAGAAUUCGGAUCAGAGAUUUGACCAGGUAUCUUAUAUCCGGUUCAUUGACCGCCUUCGAUUUCUUCGCCUUCAAUCAGAAAUCUGUUCUGUUAACAUCGGAAUGCGGCCGAUCUCGAACCCCCAGUUGACACAUGGCGGCUGGUUAGUCCACCUUGAGAGGCAAAUUUCCGAGGCAAAAGUCAACUCUGCGACCCCUAAAUGGUGUGACUUCAUGGAAUGGCAUGCUAUUCUGCUGCUUCAUAUGCCUUGUGCGCUCAAUCCCAGUCCAGACGAAGCCUCUGUUCUCAAAUACUUUGACGCGGCAAUCCGAAUCACUGACGGAUAUUGGGAGCUUGUAGAGGCAAAUAACCUAGACCAUCCCUGGCAUGCAACUCACCAUUGCUACGAAGCAGGCAAUCUGAUUCUGUACGGUCUAUGGCACUAUCGCGCCCUCAUUCGGAGAUACUAUUCUCUAGCGCAAGUCUUUGAAGUUGUUCACCGGAUAUCCGGGUUUUUCAUUCUUAUCGUGAAGCAAUGGCCAGCCGCCCAGCGGUGUGGUGCGCUAUUCGAUCAGCUCCGAAAGGGGGCUUUAGGUUUCUUCAGAGAAGAAGAAACUUCCGACUCCGAACCGUGUCUUGAAGCCAGGCAGUUAAAGGAACUGGUCUUUAGGGAAAACGCAGAUGUGCUAUACGCCCGUGAGCAACCAUCAGCUACGAUCGGUCAAUCGACAUUCGCAACCAUGUUUCCGGAAUUGGAGAUAGAUCAGCUGUCACUGGAUACUGACAUGGACUUCCUUGGACUUUUCAAUCUAUCUGAAGCCCCUGACUUGGAGGACUUUGGCCAAACAAUAAUUCAGGGCGAACCUGAACAGUCUGAUUUGCCAGGGACUCCGCUAGUUGCGGAGAGCGAGAACCCUACAGUACCAAAUCAGCAAACGGAAGUUGUGAUUGAAGAGGCUCAGCUGCACACAGUUAUGCAAAAUCUCCCAGUUUGCUCACACUGCAAAAAGAGAAGGAUAAGGUGCGAUAUGAAUCUUCCUGCGUGUUAUAAUUGUGCAAAGCUUCGCCGGGACUGUUGCUAUUGGGAUAACGCAUUAGCCGAAGAAACAUCACGCAGGCACGUCCACGCCUUGAAACAGCAUGUCGAGAGCCUGAUGGCGGAAGUCGACGGACUUUCUCAACCUGUUGAGCCUGUUGCCACCAUCUCAGAUCUGCUCGCCGGCACCUCGCCAUCCAAUAUAGCACGCUCGGGGAGUGGAAUCAAUGAGCGAGUUCAGAGGCAUAUUCUAUCAAAUAUUCUAUGCCCAGCACCAUCCGAUUCGACCAGCUCACCCAACCUAAUGUUCUUUGGCGCUACAAGCGCAUUUUCUCUUCUCGCAAAUAGCCUCGGAAGGUCGAUUUCCCUCCCUAGAGAAGCCACAACAUCCAAGUCGCGACCACCCAUUCUUCUAGAGACUUUAUGCGGUUCACUCGUGCUCAAUAUGACGGCGAAUAUAUCCCAGACAGAGGCGCAAAACCUAGCAUGGCACUACUACCGAUCUAUCGAAAUAACCUAUCCUAUACUUGGCCAAACCCUGAUUAGCCAGACUCUGGAUCACAUCUACAGUGGUAGCUCUGUGGAAAGUGACGACAACGUGGUGCAAACACGCUUAAAUUUGAUACUUGCGAUAUCCUUGGCGUUACUGGGCCUACAAGACCAAAGGUUACAAGUUUUUGCGGACACCUAUUUUCGCGAUGCAGUCUCUGGUGGCCUUUCGAGCGAUUUUUUCAUUCAUCCAACGAAUCAGUCAUUACAAAUGAUUCUCUUGUUAUGCAUAUAUGCCUGGAUUCGCCCCAGUGCCAUGGAUGUCUGGAGACUUCUAGGUCAUGCAUCUCGAAUGUGUCUCGACAUCAUCGAAGUACAUGGGUCCGACAAGACUGAUUCCGCCUACGCAGGUGUACUCUAUCGUACGCUGUAUACCCUUGAAACGCAGGUUUCCAUUUCCUUUGGCAGGCCACAUCAAUUACCUGAUGGACAUGAGGUCCUCGCGUACUCGCCCGACCUCAGUUUGGUGGCCACAGGUGAACUUUCAACGAUGGUGUACAACCUGGCACGACUUCAAAAUCGCUUCCACAGAGAUAUUAUUGGAAGCGAUUGGGUAUCUCCAGUUCCGGAAUUUGUCGACCCUGCCAUUGACAGUGCCCCGUGGAUGUCAACCUGCGUCCAUGAUAUCAAGAUAUGGCUCGAUGAUUGGAAGGCUCGAAUUGAUGCUCUCUCCGAUCAGUCUCCUGCGCCGCAGAGAGAAGAUGACUUGAACAUGCCCCUUAGAUUUUACGGCGAAUUCUUGCAGUGCGAAGCUUUGCUACUCGCAAAGAUGGCAACAGACCGCCGCGGCCAACUUCUCAUUUCAAGCCAAGAGGAACUCGCGAUAUGCACGCAGCUGCUACAAGCAGCGGACAGGCUACGUCAAACCUCAGCUCUUCCCACGGGAGUGUCGCUACCUUACACAUUGGAAUUCGUAUUCCCAUUGACUUGGACCCGUGCACAUGCAAUUUUCACUGCUACGACAAUUCUGCUGCAGCAUAUGCACAACACUUCGGUUACAGAUGGGGAGGUGCAGCGCCUAUUCCAGGCAGGUCUCGAGAUGCUGGUUUCUUUACAGCAUACCGGCGACCAGAGCAUGUCUGGGCUCGUGAAUUGUAUACAACAGAUGCUCAAGUCUAGUCACGUAUCGACGAUAGUCUGAUGUCGGAGUAGAUAUGAUUCAAAUGCUUUCGAGGAAAGUUUGCACAGCCCGCUCGAAACUAGCGUCACUACUCUAUAUCCUGGCAGUGUUAUGUCUAUGGAUGUUCUGCUUAUACCCUUUGUACCUCUUUGAUCUAUUUAAUAGU